ACAAAUAGCUGUUUAGAAUAAUUCUGCAACACAUUCCAGCAGUAUUUAUUUCAUACAUUCAGAAGCCAUUUUUUAAAUGUUUAUCUUGGCUCCUCUCCCACUAUGUAAAGGUGGAUGUUACUUUUUGGGGGUGUGGGGUCCAAUCAGUUUUCAGCACCUGUGUUGUUAUGUCCAUCUCAACUGCCCGGGGCCUUCAGACUUCAUCGUGCUGGUCCACGUCAUUUAAACUGUCACCAAUGGCAUUGUUUCUUGAACUAGUCAGACUUCAAGUUCAUCAGGGGAGCUGGCGCUCGAUAUCAUCAUUUUCCCCUCAUCCAUUGAUUGAUUUGCUCAGAGCAAGCCAAGUUUGCUUCAAUAGGGAUCUGCGCAUCCAUUCACAAGGCGUCUCUGGUGGGUAGGACAUGAUGUACAGUAUUUUAUUCAAAUGUUUUGUGUUCCCCCCCAUGUAAAUAUAGAGUCUAAGCGUCUGCAGGUGAUUUUAUAUUCCAUUGUUUUCUGUUUUUAAUUCAUCUUGUGGAUAAAUGUUGUCCACCUUUCUCGUGGGGAGGGCGGGGUGGGGGGGGGGGUUGUCUCAUGCAGCGGCACCUUGUGAUUGGCGCUCACGGCGGAGACUGAUGGAGCAGAGCGCGGGCAUCAUCCGGCAACAUCCACCUGCUUCCCUCCAUCCUGGACCAGUGUUGGGCUGCGACGUCAUCCGUCCCCGCCCUGCGCGAGCUCGCCUGCAGUGUCGCUGCCUCCAGAUGAGGAUGGCCGCGCUCCACGGCCUUGCCACCGAGCCUUGUCCCGACCGGCAAUUAAGGGGCUCCGACGACCGAACCGCGUGACUCCAGCACCCCCCCCUCCUCCCCCUCCCAAACCGUCGGCCGGCGCACAAGCGUGUGAGGAAGCGGCGCUCCACGGGAAAGCGGGCGGCGGACUUCGAAGCUCCGGUCGCCUGGCACCGCGACGAUGAUGACCACCGCGGAGGCGCAUUAAAGAAGACGAGAAAUAAGUCCAACGCUCGAGCCCCGUUCGAGGAUUCGAGAGCGUCGCGCCGUGGGAUGCCUUUUGGACCGGGUGGAGCCGCGCGUCGUUGAAUAAAAGAUGAGGGACACCCCCCGCCCCACCCCACCGCCCCGCUACUCGGGAGCGGUUGAUGUUUAUUUCUGAGGGUGCACCUCCAUGACGUGGGCCCAUCGACGCCGCUGGAGACGCGAUGCGCGGGCGGGCUAGCGUGCGACAGGCGCCCCGGUCCGAGCGGUUCUUCUCCACGGCCACCGCGCGGCGUUUGCGUUGAUGCAAGCUGCUCCCGUCCGUCUCCUUUCACAACUUGCGAGGCCUCGACGUGGAACAUGCCCGGGCCCUGUGGACGACACGACCGACUGAUAUCGCGUGGGGGCUGCAGCCAAGUGCUGUAAACAACGAUUUCAAGCGACCCCCCCCCCCCCCCCCUCCGUUUUCUGUUGUCCUCAAUAGGCGAGCUGGAGCUAGAGCCGACUUUGGGCAAAACGACAACAACAAAAGCAGAAUUAUACUAUACGUUAUAUUUUAGUCUUUUUUUGUGGGGAGGGGGGGGGUGAAAGGAAAACACUCAGCAUGUCUCGUUGUCAAUAACAUAUUUACAUAACAGGGUUGUUUUUCAAAAGUGGGACAAAGCCGGGGACAACUCAGCCCAGCGCUGGGAGAACAUGCAGACUCCACGCAGGAAGGCGGCGGCCCAGAUUCAAACCCGGAACCUGAGAACCGCGAGGCAAACGUGCCGAGCUCUCGUCAAGCCCUUUCUCUAAAAGGCCACCAAGGAGCUGCCGCCAUGUCCAAAGGGGUCAGCAACAAGGAGAAGAAGUCGUUCAGCAAGAAGCUGUUCCGGAGGAGCUCGGUCCGCUCGGUGGGCAGCUUCAUGAACAGAGUUCUCCGGACUCUCUCCACUUUGUCCCACUUCAGUAACGACGAGCAGGCCGCCCGCGAUGACCGGGACGAUGCCUCGUCGCUCCCCGCCGCUCCUCAGUCGGACGACAGCGACUGCGGGGGCUUCCCCUUCGGCGACAAGGUGCCGGGCGUGGCCGGGCUCAAGAACCACGGCAACACCUGCUUCAUGAACGCCAUCCUGCAGUGCCUGAGCAACACCGAGCUCUUCGCCGAGUACCUGGCCCUUGAGCAGUUCCGGGGCGACGGUGGAGGGGCAUCCCAGACCGGCGCCGGUGCCGACACCAAGGCGAGCAAGUCCAACGGGGUCCUGGUGCAGAAGAAGUCCGCCCAGCAGCAGCAGCAGGAAGACUCCGGGGAGGUGACGGAGCAGCUGUCCGGUCUGGUUCGAGCUCUGUGGACCUUUGAGUACACGCCCCAGCACAGCAGAGACUUCAAGAACGUGGUGUCAAAGAGCGCCCUUCAGUUCAAGGGCAACUCUCAACACGACGCCCAGGAGUUCCUCCUGUGGCUGCUGGAUCGAGUCCACGAAGACCUCAACAACAUCAUCCGUCCUGACGUCAGGCCACCCAGGACGCCUCCGGCGGAGAACGAAAACGCCCCCGGAGGAUCUCCGCUGCCAGCGCCCGGCUCCUUUGUGCAAGAACUUUUCCAGGCUCAAUACAGAUCCUCGCUGACCUGUCCUCACUGCCAGAAACAGAGCAACACCUUUGAUCCUUUUCUCUGCAUUUCGCUGCCAAUCCCCGUGCCUCACACGCGGCCGCUGUACGUGACGGUGGUGUACCAGGGCAAGUGCUCGCACUGUAUGAGGGUCGGGGUGGCCGUGCCUCUGUCGGGCACCGUGUCCAGGCUCCGGCAAGCGGUGGCGCAGGAGACCAAAAUCCCCGCUCAGCAGAUCGUCCUCACCGAGAUGUACUCGGACGGCUUCCACCGCUCCUUCUGCGACGACGACGACGACCUGGACAUCAUCCAGGAGAGCGACUCCAUCUUUGCCUUCGAGACGCCCGAGCUCUUCAGGCCCGAUCAGAUCCGCUCCAAGCGAGGCGGGAGCCCGCACGCCAACCUCAACCAGAACAACUUGAAGUACAGCACGGAUAACGCUCGGCUAUCCCCGCAAAUCCAGGAGGCCGCCACGCCGCCCCUCAGCCCCAACAAGAACGCGGGACCGCAGGAGAAGGUGGUGCUCUUGGUCUGUAACCGAGCCUGCGCCGGACAGCAGGGACGCAGGUUUGGCAAUCCUUUCAUCCUCUACCUGGAGCGUACGGUCACAUGGGAGGGCCUCCAGAAGGAAAUUCUGGAGAAGAUGCGUCACGUCUUGCGGCCUGGAGCCGCUGUGCAGGCACGACCCUUCACGUUGCGCGUGGUGGGGGUGGUCGGGAUCACGUAUCUCCUGCCUCAGGAGGAGCAGCCGCUCUGCCAUCCUUCUGUGGAGAGAGCAUACAAGUCCUGCGGUGCCGGGGGGCCGCCGCACGUCAAAAUUGUUGCGGAAUGGGACAAGGAGACGAAAGACUCUCUCUUCAAAAGAGCCGAGGACGAAUACAUCCCCGAUGCCGAAAGUGUGCGCCAUAUGAAGGAGCAGCACCUCCAGCCUCAGAACUGCUCACUCGCUCAGUGCUUUCAGCUCUACACCAAAGAGGAACAGCUCGCCCCCGAUGACGCCUGGCGCUGUCCGCACUGCAAGCAGCUUCAGCAGGGCAGCAUCAAGCUGAGUUUGUGGACUCUGCCUGACAUCCUCAUUCUUCACCUCAAGCGCUUCAGACAGGAUGGCGAUCGUCGAAUGAAAAUGCAGAACAUGGUCAAGUUCCCGCUGACGAGCAUGGACAUGGCGCCGCACAUGGUGAAGAGGAGCCAGAGCAGCUGGAGUCUCCCUUCGCACUGGUCGCCGUGGAGACGGCCGUACGGCUUGGGCCGGGAUCCCGAGGACUACCUUUACGACCUCUACGCCGUCUGCAACCAUCACGGGACCAUGCAGGGAGGACAUUACACAGCUCAGUGUAAGAACUCCAUCGACGGGCAGUGGUAUUGCUUCGACGACAGCGACGUUCAUCCCAUAUCGGAAGAGGACGUCUGCAAGCAGACGGCGUACAUCUUGUUUUACCAGAGACGCGCCACCGUUCCGUCUUGGUCUGCCAACAGUUCGCUGGGAGGCUCGACGAGUUCUUCCCUGUGCGAGCAUUGGAUCAGCCGUCUGAUGGGAAGCCGUCCGCCGAGCCAAGCGUCGUCCGGUUCCUCCAGACGAACGUCGUUGGCCUCCCUCUCCGAGUCGGCGGAGUUUGCCGCCGAACGCAGCGAGGAUGACGGCUUGUGGAGCCGCCCGGCCGUCAGAGGCGCGCAGAGGCAGAGCUUCUCGUCCAGAACGUCCAUCGCCAGUCCGCUGGUGCUCAGCGAGAACGGCCAGAAGCCUUCCUGGUGCGCUGCCAAGCUGCAGCUGCGUUCCAACUCCCCCUCGCGCUUCUCCCUGGAAUCCCACUCCUCGUCUCCGACGCUGGAAAUGAUCGGGGAGGUGGUCGACACCCACCUGUCGGCGUCCCGCUUCGCCGCUUCGCCCAAGCUGGGAGGUAAGUCGGCCCUGGCGGCGUCGGAUCGUAACGCCGGCGCCAAGAGGCUCCUUGAGCAGCUUCACCCCAAAGCGGCGGCGCAGGCCGGGGACAACAACAAUCUCGUCAGCGGCGCCGAACAAUUCGCGACCGCGAAGGAGCAGAAACAAAGAAACGCGGCCGCGGACGGCGCCAAACGCGGCUCGGCAAAGACCGGCGCAGAGAGCGAAAGGAGCCCCAGGAAGCGGCCCGCCGCCUCCUCCACGUCCUCCAGCUCUUUGUCUCCCGCGUCCCCGGCCGUCGUCAAGUCGCCGGCGAAGGGUGCCGCGUCCCAACCGAGGGACAAGACCGAGGCGCCGCCCAAAGCCAGUAAGGCCGCUUCCUCCAGAACGGCGACGCCUUCCAAAAGAGGCCCCUCCCAAACCCGCGAGGAAUUGCGUCCCGACUCCGCCCAGCAGAGGAGGAGCGCCUGGCCGGCCAGCGCGCAGCCUCAGAGGAGGACGGCCGCCAAUAAAAGCUCGGCCUCGGGAAAGACCAAAGGAGCCGACAGGAGCGCCGUCUCGGGGAAGAAGGUCCCCAACGCCGCUCCCCCGUCCAGGUCCGGCGCCGGCGGCAAAGCCGAGGGCAGGCCCGUUCGAGCCGCGGAGAACAGGACGGUGGCCCGAAGCUCCAGCAGCAGCUCCUCCGUGACCAGUCUGCGAUCCCCGGCCGUCGGCGCCGCGUCCGCCGCCCUGCCGUCCAAAGGCGUCCGAAGGAACAGCAAGACCGAGGACAAAGCUUUGUCCUUCUUCAAAACGGCCCUGAGGCCCAAAGGGGGGCCCAAAUCCACGGACGGCGGCAAAACCGCGGCCUCGGACCCCAAAGCGAGUCCGGAAGACGCCGGCGGAGACGCGAGCGGCAAGAAAGCCCAGAUGGCGGCCUCGGACGCCGCCGGCGCCGCCAAGGACAAGGAAUCCUCCAAAGGUUUGCUGCCGCCCGCUGCCAAAUCCAAACUCUCCGAAAGGAGCGAGCAGGCUUCUUCCGCUUCAAAGAAAGAAGCCGCCCGAAAGGCCGCGCCGCCGUCCAGGAAAAUCCCCAUCAACUCCACGCAAUCGAGCCAGAGGUCCAAAUGAAAUCCACGCCAGGUUCAUCUUCGCUCUCCUUUGUGGCGCGGCUCCGAACGCCGAGUCGACGCCUUUCGGUGCUGCCCGCUCGACGGCUGCCGUUCCCAACGCUCGCCGUCCGCUUUGUUCUGUCGUGAUUGACCAAGCGACCGGCGGCUUUGACCAAAUCACUUUGGAUGCUUGUGAUGAUUUCCAGGAAAUACGAGACUGCACUGCCGGCCACCGCUUUAGUUUACUGCGAUGUUUUGGUGCGUUAGCAUUCGGGAGGCUUGAACUUUCCUUCAUUGAAAAAAAUAUAUAUAUAUCUUAUAAAGUAGAAUAUAUAUGUCUAUAUUACUUGUGGCGCCCACUGGUGGCCUGGAAGCUCUCUGACUGCCACGCUGUCUCGGAACAUUCCUCUCAAAGAACACAAAAGGCCAUCCGCCGCCACGCCGCACCAUCCAAUGAGAUCCGCUUUUGCAAAGGCGACAGCACUCUUUUAUUUUUGGGCUGUAGCGUACCGGCAGACGUUUUCGUUCUUGACCUGAAACGCAUCUUUUUGCGUGGCGGCGGGGACUGAGCGCAGCACGGAUUUUUUUUUUAAUAAUAAUGACAAGCUCCGAAAACCAAAACAAUGCAUGGCAGGAAAUAGAACAAUAGAAAAAAAACAGAACAUGACUUUCAUUUUGGAAUCAGCGCGCAUUCAUUUGCAUCAAAAUCUAACUGGACAGGAUCUUUUGUAUUGUUAUUAUUUAUUGAUUGAUUGCGAAUUGUCCGAAUCCCAAACGUAAGGUUGAGCUUUUGGAGCAGGGUGGUCUCAUUUGUUUGUGCGGCGAGGCCCCCCCGCCCCCCGGGCGUGCGCUACGUUGUACCGAGCGCCUUUGCGACGACUCCUCCUUGACCGCUUUGCCGCACGCGUUGUGAAAAUGGUUGCAUGACGACUGGCUUCUGCAUGCACUCAACUAUGCAAGCGACGUCUCGCUCGGUUUGAUGACGUACGGCUCUCGGCUCUGUACAUAGUGUUUCUUAAGUGUUCUAUUUUUCCAAAAAAAAACAAAAAAACACGCACACGCACACCAAAACAAAUGCCAGCAUCAGAGAGCAUGUGAAAGGCAUCCUUUAUCCACGCUUUGUUUGCACAAGUCUACAUUUUGUAUGAAUGUCCACCAACUGCUCAUGGAAGUAAACCGGCUGACUUGAAAA